AGUUGAAUUCGGCAGCCAAGUAUGCACGCUCCCUCUCGCGCGGCGCGUCCUCGGUAUACUUGAGCGCGCUCGCGGCCGCUGCGGGUUCACUAGUUGCACGAUGGCGGAGGGAGGCGGACCCGAGUCGGGUAACGCUUCGGACCCCGACGAGAAGCCGGUGAUCGCACAGAAACCAGUACCGUCCACCGAGAGUCAAAAGCAGAGCAUCGGCACACUGUUAAAAACGCCACUUCGAAAGGGAGACGAGUGGUAUUUGAUUGACAGCCGGUGGUUCAAACAGUGGAAGAAGUAUGUGGGCUUUGACAGCUGGGAUUUGUACAAUGUUGGAGAGCACAAUCUGUACCCGGGACCCAUUGACAACUCUGGACUCUUUUCAGAUCACGAGUCUCAGACGUUGAAAGAGCAUCUCAUAGAUGAGUUAGACUAUGUUUUAGUGCCUACAGAGGCCUGGAAUAAGCUGGUCAGCUGGUAUGGCUGUCUGGAGGGGCAGAAACCCAUCAUCAGAAAGGUUGUUGAACAUGGAAUGUUUGUGAAGCACUGUAAAGUGGAAGUGUAUUUGCUUGAGUUGAACCUGUGCGAAAAUGACAACAUGGACAAAAUUGUCACUCGCCAUUUCAGCAAAGCAGACACUAUAGAUACUAUUGGAAAGGAGAUGAGGACUUUAUUUGAUAUCCCAUCUGAAAAGGAAAUUCGACUUUGGAAUAAAUAUAUGAGUAACACUUAUGAACAACUUAACAAGCUUGACAGCACCGUACAGGAUGCAGGGCUUUUUCAGGGCCAGGUUCUUGUUAUAGAGAAGAAGAAUGAGGAUGGCACAUGGCCCAGACAGACCUGCCAUUCAAAGUCCAGUACUUCCACCUCUCGGAAUUAUACAACCUCCCCAAAACUCUCUUCAAACUCAUCUGCCACCAUAUCCUCCACAAUAACAAAUGGGGAUAGCAAUAGCAACUCUGGCUACAUGUUGAACAACAGUACUUCUGGUAACAGACUGGGAAGUUACAACUCCUACAGCUCCUCCUACAGUUACAGAGAAUCUGCCGCUCAGCCAGGUCUCUGCGGUCUGAGCAACCUGGGCAACACCUGCUUCAUGAACUCUGCCCUCCAGUGCCUGAGCAACACACCCCCUCUAACAGAGUAUUUCUUGGAGGACCGGUACGAAGCUGAGAUCAACCGGGAAAAUCCAUUAGGCAUGCGAGGGGAGAUUGCAGAGGCAUAUGCGGAUCUGGUCAAACAGAUGUGGCUUAGUCGGAGCAGUUAUGUGGCUCCACGCACUUUUAAAACCCAAGUGGGUCGGUUUGCCCCGCAGUUCUCAGGGUACCAGCAACAAGAUUCUCAGGAGCUGCUGGCCUUUCUGCUGGAUGGCUUACAUGAGGACCUUAACCGUGUUAAGAAGAAGCCUUAUCUGGCCCUGAGAGAUGCUGAGGGGCGGCCUGAUGAGAUUGUAGCCAAGGAAGCAUGGGCGAAUCACCGGUUGCGGAACGAUUCUAUAAUUGUGGACAUCUUCCAUGGCUUGUUUAAAUCUACGCUGGUUUGCCCAGAAUGCUCCAAAGUUUCUGUUACCUUUGACCCCUUCUGCUACCUCACACUGCCCCUGCCCAUGAAAAAGGAUCGCACUAUGGAGGUGUUCCUGGUCCGCACUGACCCGCAGUUUAGACCCAUGCAAUAUCGUGUAGUUGUUCCCAAAAUGGGUGUAGUGGCAGACCUGUGCAGCGCUUUGGCCAAGCUAUCUGGAGUUCCUUCAGAGAAUAUGGUUGUGGCAGAUGUUUACAAUCACAGAUUCCACAAAAUCUACAAACGGGAUGACGGUCUCAAUCACAUCAUGGAGAAGGAUGACAUUUUUGUAUAUGAGGUGUUUGAGGAAGAUAGUGAGAAGAUGAACCUGCCAGUGUACUUCAGAGAGAGGCAUGCUAAGCACAGCGGAGGCUCUUCGGGCACGAUGCUCUUCGGCCAGCCUCUCCUCAUCACCGUCCCGCGUCAAAACCUUACCGUAGAUACCCUUUAUGAGCGUGUGCUGGAGAGGAUCGGGCGUUACGUUAAACGUUCACAGGGUACCAUUACAGACAGUAGAGCUUCUGCCUCGGCCACAUCCUCUAGCAGCAGCCAAUCACCAGAAUGCCUAGCUUCAGUGUCCAAUCACAGCACAGGCCUGAGUGCCUGCAGCAGCCCAGUUUCAGAUGGAGCUUCCUGCAGCGCUGGAUCCAACGGCAGCAACCACUCUGGAACCUGCAAUGGCCCCAAUGGAGUUUGUGAUGGUGAUGAGGAAGCCAUGGAUCACCAGGAGAGUCCAGAACCAGAGAACAGUCAUUCAGACACUGUGGAUGGAGAGGAGGAUUCAGAACCAGAGAAUGGGCCCAAUAGCAGCGGUGGAAAAUCUUUUACUUCUCGACCAAAACUCUUUUCUUUCAGCAUGGUCAACUCCUACGGCACAGCCAACAUUAGUUCUCUCCCAUUUGAUGGCAAUCUCCUAAAGCUCACAACUCACUCUACAGUAGCCAUUGAUUGGGAUUCAGACACAAAGAAAUUGUGCUAUGAUGACCAGGAGGCUGAGGCCUAUGACAAACAUGACAGCAUGCUACAUGCUCAGAAGAAGAAGACUACAGUAGCUUUAAGAGAAUGCAUCGAGCUCUUUACUACAAUGGAGACCCUGGGAGAACACGACCCCUGGUACUGCCCCACGUGUAAGAAACACCAGCAGGCCACAAAGAAGUUUGACCUGUGGUCUCUCCCACGCAUUUUGGUCGUGCAUCUGAAGCGCUUCUCUUACAACCGCUGCUGGAGAGACAAGCUCGACACUGUUGUAGACUUUCCAAUAAGGGACUUGAACAUGUCAGAGUUUGUUUGUGACCCCAAAGCUGACCCAUACGUCUAUGACCUCAUUGCUGUUUCCAACCACUAUGGAGGAAUGGGUGGAGGCCACUACACAGCAUACGGCAAGAACAAGGUGGAUGGAAAAUGGUAUUACUUUGACGACAGCAGUGUGUCGUCUGCAACUGAGGAUCAGAUUGUGACUAAAGCAGCCUAUGUGCUAUUUUACCAACGCAGAGAUGCGGACACGCCGUCCAAAUCUACCCCCGCUGCAUCAGUAGGCGGAGCUCCAGAGACCCUGGAUGACCACAUGGACACCAACUGAGUUUCUUUUAGUCUUUCAAGGACUGGCACUGAAACAAAAACUACAUAAAGAUGAAAUCAUCAAUGCAUCGACGCACAUCCCUGGCUACUUCAGUGACUAUUAAAGGCUCACAAACAGGCCCUUUGUUUUUAGCUUUAUUUUAUUUUUUUUCUUUCUUUCACACAUGCAUCUUUAUCAAGAGCCAAAAAAGAAUAUUAAUAAUAAAUAAAGAGAAUUUUAGUUUGAAGCGUGA